AUGAAGGCAGCUCAAGAUAGGCAGAAGAGUUACGUGGAUCAGAAACAGCGUGACUUGAAAUUUUCUAUGGGAGAUCAUGUAUGGCUGAGGGUAAUGCCCAUGAAAGGCGUGCGUCGAUUUGGGAUGUCAGGGAAACUCAGUCAUAGGUAUAUUAGGCCUUUUGAGAUUCUAGAGCGGGUUAGCUCCUUGGCAUACAGGUUGGCCUUGCCACCUCAGUUAGUCGGCGUUUAUAACGUCUUCCAUGUGUCCCUGUUGAGGAAGUACAUGCCGAAUCCGCAGCAUAUCAUUGAUUAUCAGACCAAUAAGGUCGAGGAGGAUAUUACAUAUGAGGAAAUGUUGGUUAGCAUUUUGGAGCAGAAGGAAAGCGUAUUGAGGAAUAGGUCGAUUCCACUCAUUAAAGUCAAAUGGCAACGUCAUUCUCCAGAUAAGCCUACUUGA